GUCAGGCGCUCUCGCUUGUGUGAGUCCCGCUAGGCUCUGUGAGACGAGCCUGUGCGCGGGUUGGGUAUUGACAGGGCCGGGUUGGAAUCCGGAAUCCGCAGCUGAACGAAUACAAAGGCGGCUUUCUCACCUGGAACCGUACUGCCGAGAACUUCUUCAAACUCGCCGGCUCGCUCCCGGAACGUGGUGUUUAAACCAGCCUUUGAUACUUUCGGCAAACACGAUCCCGCUCAUAUUCCCAGCUCGUGUUUGUAAAACGCGGGGAUCGGAGAAGCGGAGGCUUUCCUCCGGAGUGCCCCUGGACUUAACCGGUCGAGGUUGUUAGCAAGGACCCACGAUUUAGAUGGAUGAUGGAAAUGUACUGAUUUAUUUUAGCCAAAUUUCUCCUUUCCCUCCUGUGCCGAGGCACGUGGAAGGCAGGGCUUGAAGCCCCUUGGGCUGCCGCACACGUUUCACAGGGCUUCUGAUCGGUGUCCCCGGGUGCGGCACUUUCCCAGCAGGUUUAAAUCCAGCGUUCUUCUAUCCGGUUCAAGCCUUUGAAGCUAUGGGGUGGGGGCGGGAGGGACACUAUAAUUGUACAUUCUGCAAAUUGCAAACUCCAAGUUCUCUAGCCUCGCAGUUCCAGGGGAGACAACAACGCCUUGCCCCUGGAAAGGGUAUUUAAAGGAGGGAUUCUUUACGAAUCCUUCCCCAGGGAGGUGCAGAUACGCGCUAGCUGCUGGACCCUGAGCUUUGCUUAUCUGUUGCUAGGGGCUGGCUUGUAAUAUGACUGAGGCAGUCUGGGACGUGUAACGCAGGCACUAGGACCCAGCAGCGUUGGCAGCUGCCUUGUGGUCAAAGGUUCCCAGCAGGAGGUUGGACACUAGAGGGCGAUCCCCAGCCCUUGUGGGAGUGUAUAUAUACAGCAGGCAUAAGACCAACUCAAGCCACUAGUAAUUGGAAGUUAAGAGCAAGGAAGAGCCAUUCGGACACGCUGGUGGGAGGGGAUCGCCGAGAGCAGGGUAAGCAGGGGCACAAGUUGAUUAAAGUGAAAGGGGAAGUCGGGGCGGCUGACACUCCAGAUCCGCGGGCAGAGGCGCAGGGGGGUGUUCGGUCCCCGGGCUCGGAGAGCUUCCCUCAGCCGCCUGCGUCCCCUUCGCCACCGCGAAUCCUGGAUUCCAGGAGCCCUUCACCAUGCCUGGCAGAGUUUAGAUACUCCAUGGAGCAAGCCAACUUCUACGAGGUCGAUUCCCGGCCGCCGAUGAGCAGCAGCCACCUCCAGACUCCGCAGCCCGGCAGCGCCUACAGCUACAGAGAGGCUCCCUCGGCGGCCGCACCUGCUGCGGGAGGCGCGGAGCUGAGCGACAUCUGCGAGAACGAGAACUCCAUCGACAUCAGCGCCUACAUCGACCCGGCCGCCUUCAACGACGAGUUCCUGGCCGACCUCUUCCAGCACAGCAAGCAGCAGGAGAAAGCCAAGGCCAUCCUGGCCGGGGAUUUCGACUUCCACAGCAUGCACGGGGCCAGCGCCGCCGCCUUGGGGCCCGGGCAUCCGCCGCCGCCGCCGCCGCACCACCCCCAGCAGCUCUUCGGCUGCGUGGCCGGCUACACGGACAGCAAGCUGGACCCCCUGUACGAGCGCAUCGCUGCCCCCGGCUUGCGGCCCCUGGUGAUUAAACAGGAGCCCAGGGAGGAGGCGGAGGGCAAGCAGGCGGCUCUGGCUGCCCUUUACCCCCAGCAGCAGCAGCACCCGUCCCAUCUCCAGUACCAGAUCGCCCACUGCGCGCAGACCACCAUGCACCUCCAGCCUGGGCACCCCACCCCGCCUCCCACCCCCGUGCCCAGCCCGCACCACCCGCACCACCCGAGCAGCCUGCCCGCCGCCGGCGCCCUCAAGAUGAUGUCCGCGGAUCAUCGGGGCAAGACGAAAAAGUCAGUGGACAAGAGCAGCAGCGAGUACCGGGUGCGCCGGGAGCGCAACAACAUCGCGGUGCGCAAGAGCCGGGACAAGGCCAAGCAGCGCAACGCGGAGACGCAGCAGAAGGUGAUGGAGCUCACCAAUGACAAUGACCGGCUGCGCAAGCGGGUGGAGCAGCUCACCAGGGAGCUGGAGACACUCAGGGGCAUCUUCAGACAGCUGCCUGAGAGCUCCUUGGUCAAGGCCAUGGGCAACUGCGCGUGAGACACCCCGGCCCCACCUCCCGCCCCGCUCCAAACAAACUCGGACUUUUGCAAACUCUUGGUGCCAUAUUCAGAUCCCCGCUGGGGUCGAGAGCUGCGGUUCAGCUUGUCUCAUGGGGUGGGUUUGGUUUUUAAUUAUUGACAGAUAAAAGAAUCCAGGCAGCUGUAGUAUUAAACGGUCCGUGCCUUAGGAACGACACGAAUAAGCUGAAAAGA